GGGGCGGGGCCCGCGGGGGGGGCGGGCGGGGGUGCGGCUGACCGCCCGCCCGGCGGCGGAGAGCGAGGGACAGAGGCGAGAGAGGCGCGUGGAGCCGGCUGCAGCCGCAGCCGGAGCGCGAGCCCGCGCCGCCAUGCCCUUGGCCUUCUGCGGCAGCGAGAACCACUCAGCCGCCUACCGGGUGGACCAGGGCGUCCUCAACAACGGCUGCUUCGUGGACGCGCUCAACGUGGUGCCGCACGUCUUCCUGCUCUUCAUCACCUUCCCCAUCCUCUUCAUCGGAUGGGGCAGUCAGAGCUCCAAGGUACACAUCCACCACAGCACAUGGCUCCACUUCCCAGGGCACAACCUCCGCUGGAUCCUGACCUUCAUGCUGCUCUUUGUCCUGGUGUGUGAGAUCGCAGAGGGCAUCCUGUCUGAUGGGGUGACCGAAUCCCGCCAUCUCCACCUGUAUAUGCCAGCAGGGAUGGCGUUCCUGGCUGCUGUCACCUCCGUCGUCUACUAUCACAACAUCGAGACCUCCAACUUCCCCAAGCUGCUGAUGGCCCUACUAGUCUACUGGACCCUGGCCUUCAUCACCAAGACCAUCAAGUUCGUCAAGUUUUACGACCACGCCAUUGGCUUCUCGCAGCUGCGCUUCUGCCUCACAGGGCUGCUGGUGAUCCUCUAUGGGACGCUGCUCCUGGUGGAGAUCAAUGUCAUCAGGGUGCGGAGAUAUAUCUUCUUCAAGAUGCCACGGGAAGUGAAGCCCCCUGAAGACCUACAGGACUUGGGGGUGCGCUUCCUGCAGCCCUUCGUGAACCUGCUGUCCAAAGGCACCUACUGGUGGAUGAAUGCCUUCAUCAAGACUGCUCACAAGAAGCCCAUUGAUCUCCGAGCCAUUGGGAAGCUGCCCAUUGCCAUGAGGGCCCUCACCAACUACCAGCGGCUCUGCGAGGCCUUUGAGGCCCAGGCGCAGAAGGACUCACAGAACGCACAGGGCGCCCGGGCCAUCUGGCAGGCGCUCUGCCAUGCCUUCGGGAGACGCCUGGUCCUCAGCAGCACUUUCCGCAUCUUGGCUGACCUGCUGGGCUUUGCCGGGCCACUGUGCAUCUUCGGGAUUGUGGACCACCUGCGGAAGGAGAACCGAGUCUUCCAGCCCAAGACUCAGUUUCUCGGGGUUUACUUUGUCUCGUCCCAAGAGUUCCUUGCCAAUGCCUACGUCUUGGCUGUGCUUCUGUUCCUUGCCCUCCUCCUGCAAAGGACGUUUCUGCAGGCAUCCUACUAUGUCGCCAUUGAAACAGGAAUUAACUUGAGAGGAGCCAUUCAGACCAAGAUUUACAAUAAAAUUAUGCACCUGUCCACCUCCAAUCUAUCCAUGGGGGAAAUGACUGCCGGGCAGAUCUGUAACCUGGUUGCCAUUGACACCAACCAGCUCAUGUGGUUUUUCUUCUUAUGCCCAAACCUCUGGGCUAUGCCAGUACAGAUCAUCGUGGGUGUGAUUCUCCUGUACUACAUCCUUGGAGUCAGUGCCUUAAUUGGAGCAGCCGUCAUCAUUCUGCUGGCCCCUGUCCAGUACUUUGUGGCCACCAAGCUGUCCCAGGCCCAACGGAGCACGCUGGAAUACUCCAAUGAGAGGCUGAAGCAGACCAAUGAAAUGCUUCGCGGCAUCAAGCUGCUCAAGCUGUACGCCUGGGAGAACAUCUUCCGCACACGGGUGGAGAUCACCCGCAGGAAGGAGAUGACCAGUCUCAGAGCCUUCGCCGUCUACACCUCCAUCUCCAUUUUCAUGAAUACGGCCAUUCCCAUCGCAGCUGUCCUCAUCACUUUCGUGGGCCACGUCAGCUUUUUCAAAGAGGCUGACUUCUCCCCCUCCGUGGCCUUUGCCUCCCUCUCCCUCUUCCACAUCUUGGUCACACCGCUGUUCCUGCUGUCCAGUGUGGUCCGGUCUACAGUCAAAGCUCUAGUCAGCGUGCAAAAGCUGAGUGAGUUCCUGUCCAGUGCAGAGAUCUGCGAGGAACAGUGUGCUCCCCGGGAGCCGGUGCCCCAGGGCCAAGCCAGCAAGUACCAGGCGAUGCCCCUCAAGGUUGUGAACCGCAAGCGUCCAGCCCGAGAGGAUUGUCGGAGCCUCACUGGCCCACUGCAGAGGCUGGCCCCCAGUCCAGAUGGGAAUACUGACAGCUGCUGUGUCCAGAUCAUUGGAGGCUUCUUCACAUGGACCCCCGAUGGAAUCCCCACACUGUCCAACGUCACCAUCCACAUCCCCCGAGGCCAGCUGACCAUGAUCGUUGGGCAGGUGGGCUGUGGCAAGUCAUCGCUCCUCCUAGCCACCCUGGGGGAGAUGCAGAAGAUCUCAGGAGCUGUCUUCUGGAACAGCCUUCCUGACAGCAAGACGGGAGAGGACCCCAGAUGGUACACAGCCCUCCGUGCAGCAGUUGUGGGUCACAGGGAUCAUAAAGGCACACUCAUGCUGGGGUUGAGGGAGCUCAAAUGUCUAUGGAGAACUCAGUCUACUCACGUGAACUCUGAAGGUACCUCUUUCCUCCCCGGCUGCAGCCCAGAGCGGGAGACAGCGGCCGACCUGGACAUCAGGAAGAGACACCCCGUGGCCUAUGCUUCUCAGAAACCAUGGCUGCUGAACGCCACUGUGGAGGAGAACAUCACCUUUGAGAGUCCCUACAACAAACAACGGUACAAAAUGGUCAUCGAAGCCUGCUCCCUGCAGCCGGACAUCGACAUCCUGCCCCAUGGAGACCAGACUCAGAUUGGGGAACGGGGCAUCAACCUCUCUGGUGGUCAGCGCCAGCGAAUCAGCGUGGCCCGAGCCCUCUACCAGCAUACCAACGUCGUCUUUCUGGAUGAUCCCUUCUCAGCUCUGGAUGUUCAUCUGAGUGACCACCUGAUGCAGGCUGGGAUCCUUGAGCUACUCCGGGAUGACAAGAGGACAGUGGUCCUAGUGACCCACAAGCUACAGUAUCUGCCACAUGCAGACUGGAUCAUUGCUAUGAAGGAUGGCACCAUCCAGAGGGAAGGCACGCUCAAGGACUUCCAGAGGUCUGAGUGCCAGCUCUUUGAGCACUGGAAGACCCUCAUGAACCGGCAGGACCAAGAGCUGGAGAAGGAGACUGUCAUGGAGAGAAAAGUCACAGAGCCAGCCCAGGGUCUGCCGCGGGCCAUGUCAUCAAGAGACGGUCUCCUGCAGGAUGAGGAAGAGGAGGAAGAGGAGGCAGCCGAGAGUGAGGACGAGGACAGCCUGUCGUUGGUGCUGCACCAGCGCGCCAAGAUCCCGUGGCGAGCCUGCGCCACGUAUCUGUCAUCCGCCGGUGUCCUGCUCCUGUCACUGCUUAUCUUCUCCCAGCUGCUCAAGCACAUGGUCUUGGUGGCCAUUGAUUACUGGCUGGCCAAGUGGACCGACAGUGCCCUGACUCUGAGCCCUGUGGCCGGGAACUGCUCGCUCAGCCAGGAGUGCUCCCUGGGCCAGACUGCCUAUGCCAUGGUGUUCACAGUGCUCUGCAGCCUAGGCAUCGUGCUCUGCCUCGCCACAGCUGUCACAGUGGAGUGGACAGGGCUAAAGGUGGCCAAGAGGCUGCAUCGCAGCCUGCUGAACCAGAUCAUUCUGGCUCCCAUGAGGUUUUUUGAGACCACGCCCCUUGGAAGCAUCCUGAAUAGAUUUUCAUCUGACUGUAACACCAUUGACCAGCAUAUCCCAUCCACCCUGGAGUGUCUGAGCCGCUCUACCCUGCUCUGCGUCUCAGCCCUGGCCGUCAUCUCCUAUGUCACACCUGUGUUCCUCGUGGCACUCUUGCCCCUGGCCGUCAUAUGCUACUUCAUCCAGAAGUACUUUCGGGUGGCAUCCAGGGACCUGCAGCAGCUUGAUGACACCACCCAGCUCCCACUGCUCUCACACUUUGCUGAAACCGUGGAAGGCCUCACCACCAUCCGGGCCUUCAGAUACGAGGCCCGGUUCCAGCAGAAGCUCCUUGAGUACACAGACUCCAACAACAUUGCCUCUCUCUUCCUCACGGCUGCCAACAGAUGGCUAGAAGUCCGCAUGGUCUCCAACUACCUCAACUGGAUGGUGAGGAACCUCGCAGACAUGGAGAUCCAGCUGGGGGCCGUGAGACGUGUGCACGGGCUCCUGAGAACCGAGGCGGAGAGCUACGAGGGGCUGCUGGCCCCGUCGCUGAUCCCAGAGAACUGGCCAGACCGAGGGGAGAUCCGGAUCCAGAACCUGAGCGUGCGCUACGACCGCGCCCUGCGGCCGGUGCUGAGGCACGUGGACGCCCUCAUCUGCCCGGGGCAGAAGAUUGGGAUCUGUGGGCGCACAGGCAGUGGGAAGUCCUCCUUCUCUCUUGCCUUCUUCCGUAUGGUGGACAUGUUCGAAGGGCGCAUCAUCAUCGACGGCAUCGACAUCGCCAAGCUGCCACUGCACACUCUGCGCUCACGCCUCUCCAUCAUCCUGCAGGACCCUGUCCUCUUCAGUGGCACCAUCCGAUUUAACCUGGACCCAGAGAAGAAGUGCCCCGACAGCACACUGUGGGAGGCCCUGGAGAUAGCCCAGCUGAAGCUGGUGGUGAAGGCACUGCCAGGAGGCCUCGAUGCCAUCAUCACAGAAGGUGGGGAGAAUUUCAGCCAGGGCCAGAGGCAGCUGUUCUGCCUGGCUCGGGCCUUUGUGAGGAAGACCAGCAUCUUCAUAAUGGAUGAAGCCACAGCUUCCAUCGACAUGGCCACGGAAAACAUCCUCCAGAAGGUGGUGAUGACGGCCUUCGCAGACCGCACCGUGGUCACCAUUGCGCACCGCGUGCACACCAUCCUGAGUGCAGACCUGGUGAUUGUCCUGAAGCGCGGCGCCAUCCUUGAGUUCGACAAGCCCGAGAAGCUGCUCAGCCAGAAGGACAGUGUCUUUGCCUCCUUUGUCCGUGCAGACAAGUGACCUGCCAGAGCCCAAGUGCCAUCCUAAAUGCCCCCUGCCCCCACCCCCUGCCUGGGUUUUCUAACUGUAAAUCACCUGUAAAUAAAGAGAUCGGCUGUU